AGAAAUAUCGAUGCCAAUUAUCGGGAAGUCGGUAGGAGUUGUGAUUUAACUCUAUCUGGUUUGUUGUUUGUUCAUAUAAGCAUAAGUCUAUUCUUAAUAUAACGUUCACCCAACUACGAUUUAGGAUGUUAGGGAGACAAUGCCCCCAAGGGCUGUUCCUCUAAUAAAUCUCAAUGCUCUUGUCUCUAUGACAAUACAUCCGUAUAUGCGGUCCGACUCAGCACUGGUUAUGAAGGCUUUUUGAUUACAUAAGUCCUUUUAGCUUUUCCAACUCUUUCAUUACUCUCCUAUUUGUUCCCCGAAUAAUCAAGAUCUCGGUACGCUCAGCCCUAAAAUGAUGUAACUAUGGUUGAUCAUACUCUCCUCCCGAUGCGGGGAACGACCCUCUAACGACUCCGCGAUGCCGAAACUCCAUUGCGCUACGCAGUGUCGGCACUUGCUAACGGAGGGGAUUUGCUCGAUUUGAGCUGCCAUCGUACAUAUGCGGAACCCAAUAACCCGGGUCGGUAAGUAAUGAUCUUACACGGCUUAUAUCUAAUAAGUGCCCACCUACCUAGAUCUAUAUCCACCUCAGGAAGUUGCGGAUUUAUAUUGAUGAAAAUCUAACAUUGCCAUAUCAUUAUUGAUAUCUACUACUUUAUAAUCGACAUUCCUAUAUCUGAGAAGAAUAGUCUUGUUACAGCAUGGACAGUUUUGAGUAUAAUUCUAGUCCCGCCCGUGUCGUCUUCGGGAGCGGCACCAUCCAAAAGGUGCCGGCAGAGCUUAUACGAGCGAAUGUAUCUAAACCGUUUCUUCUCAGUACACCCCAGCAAGUGAGUCAUAUAGACCUACUCAAGAGCGUCCUUGGAGAUGUCGUUGUCGGGGUGUUCACCGAAGCCACAAUGCAUACGCCAGUGGAGGUCACCGAGAAGGCGCUUGAACAAGUCACAGCUUCCGGGGCCGACUCUAUCGUUUCUAUCGGAGGUGGAAGUACCGUCGGCCUAGGGAAAGCCAUUAGCAUCCGGACAGGUCUUUUUCACCUGACAAUCCCGACGACAUAUGCUGGUAGCGAAGUCACGCCUAUCUUGGGCGAGACAGAUUCUGGGAGGAAGACGACAAGGUCUGAUCCAAAAAUUUUGCCGAGCGCUGUUGUAUACGAUGUGGACCUCACGAUGACUCUGCCCGUUAGCCUCACGGCUACUAGCGGUGUUAAUGCUAUUGCGCAUGCUGUCGAGGCUUUAUAUGCUCGUAACACCAACCCGAUUAUCAAUCUGCUUGCUCAAGAAGGGGUGAAAGCUCUAGCCAGUUCCCUCCCUGUCUUGAUUUCCGAACCGUCCUCGCAAACGGCACGUUCUUCUGCACUGUACGGCGCAUGGCUCUGUGGAACUUGUCUCGGCAGCGUGGGAAUGUCUAUCCAUCACAAACUCUGCCACACUUUAGGGGGCAGCUUUAAUCUUCCGCAUUCGGAAACGCAUACGAUAGUCUUGCCCCAUGCCCUGUCGUACAACGCCCCGAAGGUCCCUGCUGCGAUGAAGGCUCUAGCUGCGGCGCUGCCGGAGAGCGAAGGAGACGCAACUAAAGGGUUGAAUAUUCUCUUGCAGAAGCUGAAAGUCGAAAGGGGGCUGAAGGCCUUGGGUAUGCAGGAAAGCGACAUCGACAAGGCAGCCGACAUCGCCGUGGGCAAUCCGUACUGGAAUCCUCGCCCUAUUGAAAGAGACCCAAUAAGAGAAUUGAUCCGAAGAGCAUGGGCUGGAGAAGAAGCAAGAGCCGAUUUGUGAUGGAGUCGAUCUCCAGGAGCGCCGAACACCCCGUGCUGCACAUAAUGAAGAAAUUGAUGAGCGUCUGGAAAUUCUAUUUUCGUUUAAUGGCUUUUAGCGUCAUUGCCAGUAGACAUAACUAGCUACCACUGAUCGGUUUUGUCUGGUCUGUGACACACCAUGUGCAAAUCAAUGUAAAUAGGGGUUCCUGAUUGGUAUCAACCUAAAACCCUAUUGUUCUUCAAAUGUGGAUGUGUCCGACAACUAGGUGGCUCUACAUCAUAUGAAGAUAAGUUAAUCUCAAGUUAAUUGAACCAUAAGCAAUAGGUUUGGCAUUCUUCCAGUAAUAGGUGUGAAACUGAGCUUUGUUGGUAGUACAUCGUUAGAUACACAUUGCCUUCGGUAAUUCCAAGCACAUGGUAGCUUCUUGAU